CUCGUCCCUUGUUUGGUCCAGUCUGUUCUCACCACGCUGCUGUGUAACGUUUUUUUUCUUACACGAUACCACCAUUGCCUGUGCGUGGCUUGUGCUGUCAUUUCAAACGGAAGUUAGCAUUCUCAUCGACAACUAUUGCCGAAGAAUACGUGAGUACAUUCAAGUUCAAGUUGUCAAAUGGACGAAAGAAAGGUUGCUGAAAAGAAGUAGAAAAUACUAGCCCUCCAACUCUGCAUUAUCCUGAAAGAGCAACUCGUGUUCUGUCCCCUGGCAUAGUGGCUCCGCAUCCCCAUACUAUCCAGUCCUACCCCGGACUUGGCGCAACGACGAUCACAUAAUACCCGAUGUUGCGCUGCAACCCAAGGAAUUGGGACUUCGACAUUGAUCGAUUCCUCAAUCCCUUUGUUCCACCACCUCCUUGGAAAUAUCUACCAUAUCCUAUCUCUCACUUCUUUGGCUACCGCAAGUCGAAGCCACAGAAUGUUGGCAACCUCGUUUCGAUCUUCUGGGCCUGUGUUGGCGUCUUUUGCGGCGUCGCCGUAGUCUCCAUCGUCUCCCGCCAGAUACCGUCCUUCAGAGACCAUGGUGCGCCCAUUAUUGUGGGCAGUUUUGGCGCAGCCGCCGUUUUAGAGUUCUACUCGAUCGAAUCGCCCCUCUCUCAGCCCCGUAAUUCAGUCUUCGGCCAACUCCUCUCCGCCGUCGUAGGGGUAGCGAUCUGCAAGCUGUUCCAGCUGAGCCCGCACUUUGAUUCCAUUCGCUGGCUGGGAGGAGCCUUGUCAUGCGCCUUGGCGACGACCGUAAUGGCGCUUACGAAGACGGUUCACCCCCCUGCUGGCGCGACGGCACUGCUCGCCGUCGUCGAUGACGGUGUCGUACACUUGGGAUGGUUCUUGGUGCCUAUUAUGCUCCUCGGCUGUGCCUUGAUGCUGGUCGUCGCAUUACUCAUUAAUAAUAUUCAGCGGCGCUUCCCACAGUAUUGGUGGUCGCCCGAGGAUGUUCGGCUGCACCGCGUGCCUUGGAGGCGCCAUGUGGGCGAUGUGGAAAGCAAAAAGGAACCAAAACCCGAUGAGGUUGAUGGGCGGAGUAGGAGUGAUUCUACAGUGAGGGAAGAUGCGGUACUGAUUAUGAGACCUGGAGAAGUGCUUGUUCCAGAACACAUGUUCAUCACACCCGAGGAAAAACUGUUCUUAGAAGAAUUGAGUAAUCGGUUGUGA